ACCGCGAUGUCAGCGAACGCGCCACGUUACAAGCAGACGCUGGUUCGGCUGAGUGGGAAGAUAAUUAGAAUUUCAUCUUAAAACGGAGAAACGCCACGAAUUUCUUGUUGAUUGUUGUCUGUUUAUUUGGACGUGGACAGCGCGCCGUUUCAAAAAUGCUCCAGUCUCUCGCCGGUAAUUCGUGCGUUCGGCUCAUUCAGAGGCACAAAUCGAUGUGGUAUUUUACGUGUCUGGUGGUGGGCUACAUCCUUUUUCUCAUCUUCGGGGCCGUGGUCUUUUCGUCCGUCGAGCUGCCUUAUGAAGACGAGCUGCGCCAGAACCUGAGGGCCAUGAAGACGCAGUUCCUCCGGGACCACCAAUGUCUGUCCGAGGACAGUCUGGAGAGGUUUCUGAAGGAAGCCCUCGACGCGAGUAACUAUGGGGUCUCCAUCCUGAACAAUACCUCUGCCAACUGGAACUGGGACUUCACUUCUGCUCUGUUCUUUGCCAGCACUGUGCUGUCCACCACAGGUUAUGGUCACACAGCUCCACUGUCGGAGGGCGGCAAGGCCUUCUGCAUCAUCUACUCUAUGAUCGGCAUCCCCUUCACCCUCCUCUUCCUCACUGCUGUGGUGCAAAGGAUCAUGGUGUACAGCACCAGGAGGCCCAUCACGUACAUCCACACACGCUGGGGCCUGUCCAAACCUCUGGUGGCCAUUGUCCACGCCUGCCUCCUCGCCUUGUUGGCCGUUUCUUGCUUCUUCCUCAUCCCUGCUGCCAUCUUCUCAGCGUUGGAGGACAACUGGAACUUCUUGGAGUCUUUCUACUUCUGCUUCAUUUCUCUCAGCACCAUCGGAUUGGGAGAUUACGUGCCAGGAGAGGCGGCCAAUCAGAAGUUCAGGGAGAUCUACAAGCUGGGCAUCACUGUCUACCUGAUCCUGGGUUUGAUCUUCAUGCUGGUGGUCCUGGAGACCUUCUGCGAGCUGCAGCAGCUGAAGCAGCUGAGGAAGAUGUUCUACCUGAAGAAGGAGAAGACGCAGGACCGCCUUGCCAUCCUGGAGCACGACCACCUGUCCUUCACGCUGCAGUCUGACAAGGCGCACGGCGACAAGGCCCGGAUGUUCGUUAGCGCCUCAAGCCUGUCCUCUCACAGCGACGAACUCAUGAUCCAGUAG